AUGUCAUCUGAUUCCCAUGCUAGUAGCAGUGGCCCUUCAUCCAGUGGCUCAAAGAUGAAAGACUUCAAUCAAAGGUUCCGAGAUUUACACAAACUUCGUCAAAAAGCCAGAAAAGAAAAUCAUGAACAGGUCGUGGAAGAAGAUCGUCGUAGUAAACUUCCAAAAAAUCAUGAGUCAAAGAAAGAAAGAGAUCAAUGGCAGGUGAAAGAAUUGCAAGAUCGUAAAGAAGCGGAGGAUAAAGGAUUAGACUUCGAAAGGGUCCGAAGUUUGGAAAUGUCUGCUGAUGUGACAGAAAAAUUGGAACAGAAAAGAAAGAGAAAGAAGAAUCCCGAUCAAGGUUUCGCUUCGUAUGAAGAUAUGACUCUUCGUCAACACACCCGCUUGACUGCUGCUCUUGACCCUGAUUUGGAGUCUUAUAAAAAGAUGAAAGAAUGUGUAGGAGGAGAGCAGUUCUACCCGACUGCGGAUACGCUCAUUCAUGGAAAUCAUUAUCCAACUUCAUCUGCAAUGGACCGUCUGGUGAAAGAUGUGCACGGACAAGUUAAAAGAAGAGAACAGUAUCAUCGUCGGCGUCUGUACGAUCCAGAUGCCCCAAUUGACUAUAUCAACGAGAAGAACAAAAAAUUCAACAAGAAAUUGGACAAGUACUAUGGAAAGUACACAGAAGAUAUCAAGGACGAUCUGGAGCGUGGAACAGCCAUCUGA